CUUUUUUUUUUUUUUUUUUUAAUCUCCUCAUUCUCGAACACUCUUUUUCUGCUUCAAUCAAGCCGGUCGUUUUAUAUUAUAGCAUAUUCCAACAAACAAAGGUUUUUCACUUUUGUCUAUAUAGACCUUUUAAUAUAUUUUCCAAGAUGCAGUUCUCCCACGCUCUCAUCGCCCUCGUUGCGGCCAGCCUCGCCAAUGCUCAGCUCCCUGACAUUCCUCCGUGCGCCUUUCAAUGCUUCGCCGAAGCCCUCGGUAGCGAUGGUUGCUCAAGCGUAACCGACUUCGCCUGCCACUGCAAGGUGCCAAGCCUUCCAGCAAAGAUCACCCCUUGCGUUGAGGCCGCCUGUCCACCGCAAGACCAAGCCUCCGUCUCCAACCUCGUCGUCUCCCAAUGCUCCGCAGCUGGUGUCCCCAUCGUACUUCCCCCCGUUGGCACUGGCUCCGCCACAGGCAGCUCUGCGCAGCCAACAGGUGCCCCCACCGAGUCUGCCACCGGAACCCCCACCCCAUAUCCAACCGAGUCUGCCCCAGUUACAACCCCAAGCGCGACUGAAGGCCAGACCCAAAAACCCACCGGUACCGGUGCUUACACCAUCCCUACCCCUACGGGCACUGUCCCACCUGCUCCGGGCGCUGGCUCCAACCUCAAUGCCAACAUUGGAGGCAUUGCUGCCGCCCUCCUUGCCCUUGCUGCUUACCUGUAAAUUAUACUUGGGAUCCCAGGCACAUCAUCGAUAA